GUGACCCAUUGUGCAGCAGCUGGUACGGUAGCUGACCGGCCGACCUGGGACUGUGACCCACCAGGGGCCAUGGUCAGCAGGGGAGGAAGGUCAGGAAUCCCCGCCGAGGCCCUUCCCGCGCCCACGCGCAUGUGGCACAGCACAGAAACUUCCGGUGCCCCGUCAUCUUGGCAAGAUAGCGGCAAGAUGUCUUAUGGUUCAGGCGGGACAAUCCAAAGUGUGCACGCACGCCAGAGACCAUCUGAUGCUGCCAGGGGCCCCCCAGGGUUGCUGCACAUUCUCCCGCUGUCAAAGUCCGUGUGACUCUGCGCACAGUUAGUCCCAGCCAAGCCGAUCACCCGUGCGGGGUGAGACUGCCGGGAGCUGGGACUCGCGCCACUCAGACACCACAUCAACGCUUCCUUACAGUAAGGUGUGUAUAUGAUGCGCAUUCUUACACAUUGAAGAUUUGAUUGUUACAUCCUUGGUUGCCAUUAGCUUGGAGCUGCAUGAAAGCUAAGAAUUUGCGGACGCAAUUUUGGGCGGCCUUGCGCGUCCAGGAUACAAUACAUUAUCAAAUAUAUAUCCCCAGCUUUAAGCAACUGUCAACAACGUUCCUUUACUAGCCAGCCCGCAAUUUCCUCGCUGUUACAAUCAUACCAAAGCCACCACAACCAGCGCCUUCCCACUACAAACCUGCAGAUGGACCUCAAGCAGCAGGUUAAGAACUACACUAUGACCAUCCGGAAUACGCGCCCACCAACGAUGAUUAAGGAGCAAGACAAAAGCGAGUUUUCGCACUUUCGAGCUCUCCAGGUUCUUGCGAACGGCGAUGAAGUUCCGUAUGAGGCUACGCUACGAAACGUGAUUCACGAUGGCGCCCGGCAACCCAAGCUGCCUCCGCGCCAGACCCAGAAGCAUCCGGGCUACAUCCGCAACGAGAGCGGCGGCUUCUUCACCUCCUAGUUGUGGCGAAAGCUGGUGUGGAGGCAUAGCACAGAGCAGGGCAUACAGAUAUGGCAAUCGGAAGGGAGCAAAUGAUUGAUUUUUGGACGUAGGUAGACAGGAAGAGGAGACAGGAAAGGAGAGGAAGGAGGACGGGAGACUGAAAUGAAGUACUAAGUUACAUUGACAAUGAAGGGGUCUGGCCCACGGGUCUGGCCCAAAGGCGGCACAACGGAAGGAAGGGCAUAUAGAGAGGAUGUGUGUGCUGAAAACGUGCACGCUUGGAUGGAGUCGGCCCAAAACCAGCCGGAGCGAGAAGCGACUUCGCGAGUCGGCGACUGCGGCGGUGGUGCAGGGCCUGGCCGCUGCAGCGGCGGCGCAGGGCCUGGGCCUAGCCGUGGCGGCGUGCAUGUGCGUAGCAGAGGGGGCAGGCAAGGCCAAGCGGAGGAGGAGAGCGCGGCGCCGCCCGACAAGCGGCGCCGGUGCGCAUAUUGAGACCUGCCGGUGUCUGGUUUGCGGUCUUUGCUGGCGAGCAUAGCAUGGCACGGUGUGUAGUAGGCCGCAGCAUCGAAGAGUGUUGUGGCUAGAGGGUUUCCUGCUGUUUGGUUUGUUGCCGUCUGUGCUUGUGCUUGGCAGCGGGACGUCGUCCAGCCCAGCCAUCCCAAUACAGCAGCCGCUUUCUGUCAGCCAGCCAUGGGCGCGGCCGUCCACAGCGUUUACCGUCGGUUACGAGGUAACAUGUGAAUUCGCAACUUGCGCUACUGACUGCCUACUCUCGUGCCGCCUGCAAGCCCACUCCGCCGUCCGCUCUGGUCUACGUACGCAUUCGUUUCCACCACACUCGUCAUUAUUAGGAAGGCAACAGCAACGAUGUGAUGGCGAGGGAGUAUGGCUGAUGGGAUGCGGAUGGAUGCAGUGCCACUGGUGCUCAAUUUGAGAGUUGCUUUGAGCGUUGCCUGUGGAUCAGGGCUCGACAAAGGCUGGGCUACGGCACCUGGACAACUGAAGCGCGUCUUGGCACAGCAUGGCGUGGCACAGGCCAACGCGACGUUCGAGUGCAAGUUCCCACCAAGAGCCCUCGCAUUAGCCAUCUUCAAACAACCGCAUGAAUAUCAACCUGCAUUAGCUCCGCGUUUGCAAGAAUUACUUCACCCACCACUGAGCGUCCGUCACCCACCACUGCCACAGUCACUAGCGGACCGCCAUGCGAUCCAUGGGGCGUGCCCCUAAGGAAGUCAAGUGACAGGGAACGCAACCUGACGCAACGUACGGUGUUAUAGUGCUGGGCAUGAGAGCAGGCGUGUGCAAGUAGUGACCCUUCGUCAGGGCGUGGCGUAGCGUGGCGUAGAGCUGAGGUGAAAGGAGGCUGGUAUAGGAAUGGCGACUGAAGUCUGAGCAUGAUGAUAUGGAGUGCCAGAGUCGUAACAUACGUUGGAUCAAAGGUAUUGGGGAUGCUGGCAUGCGCACAACGUUGGGGGGGGGGGGGUCGGGGCUGUGCGUCGGACGGUUGGACGUCGCAUGGUCAUGAAGUUGCGGCAAAGCCCUAAACGUUUUGCAAAUGUAAUGAUAACAGAAU